GUAUGGUUUUGCACACGCCAUUGGAAAUGCUGGGGUGUCCAGCGAGGUUAUUUUUGGAUCAGUGACAGCGUGUCAAUGGCUGCAGAUGCGUCGCAAAGGAAGGCUCUGAGAUACCAACAGACCCUGCUGUACGGUGAGUACAGGGAGCAGCUGGGGAACUUUGCCAGGCGGGAGGCUGCCCGUUUGCUGACAGAGAGACAAUGGAAGAGACAGACGGGGGACGACGCCGCUGCCCCGGGCCGCAGAGGUCACGGCCGGCGGCAGCAUCAUCAUCAUCAGCACCAUCACCCCGUGGCCCUGGAGUCACAUCAGAGCCACGCCUCCUCUACCAAGAAGCCUCGUCCCUACUCCAAAUGCCGAGAUUGUUUGUCCCGUGUGCAGCGGUACAUCGUGACCAAGAUGGGGGAGGACUGGAUUUUCCUGGUUCUUCUGGGACUGACUAUGGCUCUGGUCAGCUGGAGCAUGGACUACACCAGCGCCAAGAGCCUGCAAGCCUAUAAAUGGGUGCAUGGGGAGCUUAAGGGCAACGUGGCGCUCCAGUACCUGGCCUGGGUUACGUAUCCCAUGAUCCUUGUCAUGUUCGCCUCGCUCUUCUGUCACCUGGUUUCCCCACAGGCCAUCGGUUCAGGUAUCCCAGAGCUGAAAACCAUUCUUAGAGGUGUAGUCCUGAAGGAGUAUCUGACUCUGAAAGCCUUCGUAGCCAAAGUCGUGGGCCUGACUGCCGGCCUGGGCAGUGGAAUGCCAGUGGGCAAAGAGGGUCCAUUUGUGCACAUCGCCAGUAUCUGUGCCGCAGUGCUGAGCAGAUUCAUGUCCAUCUUUUCUGGAAUCUAUGAGAACCCUUAUGGUUACACAGAUAUACUGACUGUUGGCUGUGCCGUGGGGGUGGGAUGCUGUUUCGGCACUCCACUAGGAGGGGUGUUGUUCAGUAUUGAGGUCACGUCUACCUACUUUGCGGUGAGGAAUUACUGGCGGGGAUAUUUUGCCGCCACAUUCAGCGCCUUCAUAUUCAGGGUGCUCUCUGUUUGGAACAAGGAUGCCGUCACAAUCACAGCUCUCUUCAAAACCAACUUCAGGAUGGAUUUUCCCUUUGACCUGCAAGAGCUGCCUGCAUUUGCAAUAAUAGGGAUCUGUUGUGGCUUCUUGGGGGCGUUCUUUGUCUACCUGAACAGACAGGUGGUUCUCUUCAUGCGGAGGCCGACUGCUCUCGUACGCUUCCUUACCAAACAUCGAUUGAUCUAUCCAGGUGCAGUGACCCUGAUCAUCGCUACCUUGACGUUUCCUCCGGGAUUUGGACAAUUCAUGGCUGGAGAGCUGAUGCCCAGAGAGUGCAUCAACUCCCUGUUUGAUAAUUUCACCUGGACCAAAAUCGCAGGAUCUCCUGCUCCGCCUGGCCUAGGACGCUCCUCUGUGUGGCUGCAUCCUCGAGUCAGCGUCUUUGUCAUCCUCCUCCUCUUCUUCGUCAUGAAGUUCUGGAUGUCAGCACUUUCCACCACCAUGCCCAUCCCCUCGGGCGCCUUUAUGCCAGUGUUCAUAUUAGGAGCUGCUUUCGGUCGCCUCGUAGGAGAGAUCAUGGCCACUCUAUUCCCAAAUGGAAUCCUGUUUGAUGGGAUAGUCUACCGCAUCCUACCGGGAGGUUACGCCGUCAUUGGAGCGGCUGCAAUGACGGGAGCCGUCACACACACAGUUUCCACGGCAGUAAUCUGCUUCGAGCUGACUGGUCAAAUCUCCCACAUCUUACCGAUGAUGGUGGCGGUCAUCCUCGCGAACAUGGUGGCCCAGGGUCUGCAGCCGUCCCUCUAUGACUCCAUCAUCCAGGUGAAGAAGCUGCCCUACCUGCCUGAGCUGGCCCUCGGGCACAUCAGCAAGUAUAACAUCUUUGUGGAAGACAUCAUGGUGCGCAGAGUGAAGUUCUUGUCUUCUCAAUCCACCUACCGAGAAUUGAACAAUCUGCUGGAGUCCUCGAGCCUGAAAACCAUUCCACUGGUCGACUCUAGAGAAUCCAUGAUUCUCCUGGGCUCCAUCGAGAGAACAGAGCUCCAGGCCGUCUUCGACUGGUGGCUCUCACCAGACAGGCGAAUGUUCGAAAGGGGGGAGAUUUCACCGGGCUCCAAAGUAAACUGGGAGUCCUUCACCUUCGUCGAUGAGGAGGGCGGAGAGGAGGCCGCGGACAAGACUGCUUCAGCUCAGGAGGAAUGCAACGGGCCCAUCCCGUUCCCCAAACCUCAGCAGGCCUCCGCCGACGACUCAGGCUCAGACAAGCGCAAGCUGCCAUCUGUCAGUCGGGCCCUACAGAGACUCUUCUCCACCACGUCUUCGUCAGUCCAGGCGGAAACUCAGGACACCACGACCCCCACACUGACUGACACCAUGUCAGAAGAGGAGAUCAAAGCCUGGGAAGAGACUGAGUUGGACAAACCAAUCGAUAUGGAGCAGAUACGUAUAGACCCCUCCCCGUUUCAGCUGGUGGAGAGAACAUCUCUGCACAAGACCCACACUCUCUUCUCUCUGCUGGGUCUCAGUCACGCCUAUGUCACCAGUAUUGGAAAGCUGGUGGGUGUCGUGGCACUGAAAGAGUUACAGAAGGCGAUAGAGGGCUCGACUCGUAGUGGGGUGAGGCUUCGUCCCCCUUUCGCGAGCUUCAGAGACGCCAGCAGGAAGUCCAAGCAGCACCAGCCUACCUCGUCCACCCCUUCCUCCCCCACUCGAGAAAGAGAAGUGUGGGGGGAGGCGAGCAGACAUGAGGGGGAGCUGGUGAGGAAGGAGUCCAAAGAGGACUUCCGAGGGAAAGCAUCAUCCUCCAGAGGAGCUGCUGGGAGUGAGGACGCCCCCUCCUCCCCCGGCAGCACGGGGAGCACCAGGGGGGGCUUCACAGCCACAGGUGGAGGUGAUGACACUCCCCAGGAUCCGGCGUCCCCCUCUGUCUCCUCAGCUUCACCUCCUGCCUCCCCUGCGUCACCCACCAGCCCUGUCUUCACCCUGUCCUCCCUGCAGGAGGAGAGAGACAGCGAGGAUUCAGAUGAACCCAUAUGA